AUGUCUGCUCAGUCCGGUAUAACUGCGUCCUCUCAGUUGUUAGAAUCAAUUAAAACUAAGUUAAAUGGUUCCUCCAAUAAAUUAGAAAUUAUUACUGCAAGAAUAUCGAAUGAUAAUACAAGUGUUGAAGUGUAUAAACAAGAUUACUCUUCGGUAAGCCAGUUAGCAAAUGAAUUGGAAGAUUUUGAGGAGCCAAUUUACAUUUUCAUUAAAGAAUCCAAUAAAUCAAAUCAAUUUGAAUUUUUAUCAUUCGUGCCAGAUAAUUCUCCAAUUAAAUUAAAGAUGAUUUAUGCAUCCACUAAAAAUACUUUGAUUAGACAAAUUGGUUCUAACUCAAUUAAUAGACAAAUUAUGAUUUCAGAACCUUUUGAAAUUCAAGAAUUUUUGGAUACCGACACUAAUAUAAAUCAAAAGGAUCUAUUAACAGAAUCUGAAAGAAUUAAUUUAGAAAUUAAUCAAGAGCAGUCUUUAAUGAAAAAUGCUAGUCUUAGUAAAGGCCAUCAAUUAGUUUCUCAAACUAAUGGUAGUUCAACAGUUUUGAUUUUUGAUGUAAAUUUGGACGAUUCUGGUAAUACUUUAGUAGAGUUAUUAAAUCAAACCAAUUUGAUCUCAUUUGGCAUUAAUUUAGAUAACGAAAAAGUACAAAUUAGAAAUAAAUUACAAAUUUCGAAGCCAGGAUCAAUUAAAAUCACUCAAGAAGAACCAAGCUAUAAUAUUUAUAAAAACUUGGAUAACAACAAAUAUUAUUUUAUCUACAGUUGUCCAUCAGGUUGUAGAGUUAAAGAGCGUAUGAUUUAUGCUUCAAAUAGGUCCGGGUUUAUUAAAUAUUUAAAUGAAAAUCAAAAGAUUGAAUUAGAAAACACUAUUGAAAUUGGUGAUUUCGAUGAAUUAGAAAUCUCUUUGAUAUCAGAGAAUUCAAAUGAUAGCUCGAUUGACAUGAACAAUGAAAGAAAAUUCAGUAAACCAAAGGGACCAAUGAGAAGAAGAAAAUAA